AUGCUUGCGAACAACCUCGUGAGGUACGGCAUCAAGACACAGAUCGUUGACAACCGACCCGACCGAACGUCCACUGGCCGUGCCGACGGUUUGCAGCCCAAGACAAUCGAGACGCUAAGGCAGAUGCGUGUCGCCGACCCAUUGCUGCGAAAGGGUGUUAAGGUCUUCGACAUUUCCUUCUGGAGGUCAACCCCCGAGAAACCCAUGCACCGUACCGGCCGCGAGAUUCACUACCCGCCAGUCGUCGACGUUCUAGACCCUUACAUUCUCCUGGUGCACCAAGGCAUGGUGGAGGACACCUUCAUCAACGAUCUGUCCGAGCGCGGGGUUGAGGUGCUCCGCAAUACAGCCUUUGCCGACUUCGAAUACACACCGGAGCGCAUACGACCACUCACGGUCCACUGCAGGCAGGAUGUCUCACAGAGCAGUAGGAAGCUUGCCACGCGCUACAUUGUGGGCUGCGACGGAGCCCAUUCAGCGGUGCGUAAGUGUAUACCGGGUGCUACGCCGAAGGGAGCUUCGUCGGAUGCUGUAUGGGGCGUGAUCGAUGGUGUGCUAGACACCGACUUUCCGGACAUUUGGAGCAAGGUCGCAGUGCACUCCGAAGAGCAUGGCUCCGUUCUAAUGAUCCCUCGCGAGCGGAAUUUGACCCGCUUGUACAUCGAAUUGAAGCCUGCCUCAGGAACCACGACUCCUCCAAAGGAACGCCAGACCCAAGAAUUCGUGCAAAAACGCGCCCAAGAAAUCAUGCGACCGUAUCGGCUCGAGUGGAGAAACGUGGAGUGGUUUGGACGCUAUCAGAUUGGCCAGAGGGUCGCAGGUCGGUUCUCGGACGAUGAGCGACGUGUUUUCAUCGCCGGUGACGCCAGUCACACUCACUCGCCCAAGGCUGCACAGGGAAUGAACACUUCCAUGCAUGAUGCCUGGAAUCUUGCGUGGAAGAUGAACUUCGCAGUCCGCAACUUGGCCAAGCCCGCGCUGAUCGAAACAUACGAGCAAGAGCGCAAGAAGAUUGCCCAAGAUCUAAUAGAAUUUGACUUCGAGCACGCCAACGCCUUCUCCGCAGGCGACCCUCAAGCUCUUGCGGACAACUUCAACAAAAACGUUGCAUUCAUUUCCGGCUAUGGCGUCAGCUAUGAGCCGAAUGUCCUGAACAUGAAGGCUAAGGGCUACACGCGCGGCAACCUCACUCCAGGCUUCCUUUUACCCCCUGCUAAAGUUACUCGCUUCAUCGACGCGAACCCAGUAGACCUCCAGACCGACAUCCCAGCUCUUGGCCAAUUCCGAAUCUACAUCUUUGCAAGAGAUUUACAUGCAGCCAUGCCAUUCCUCGAUGUCCUUAGCAAGGCUCAUCAGUCCCAUUCCUCUUACGUUGGCCGCGUGACCAUGGCAGGAAACGCAUCAUACACCAUGCAGCCACCUCUCGCAGCUCCACACGAUCAAUUCGUAUGUCCGGAGAGAUACACGCCUGUCAGUGGCAUCUUCACAUACGCAAUAGUGACGGACAUGAACCGCGCCGAUAUCGAAAUAGCACAACUCCCUCGCAUGCUUCAGGACUCACGUUGGUCGUUCUAUUUGGAUGAUGUUCCGCAUCUAGAUACGCGAAAACAGACAGUCAUGGACAAGUGGCUUGAUGGCCUCGACGACGGCGAAGUAGUCGUUGCGAAUGUCCGACCCGACGGCUACGUUGGCACUGUCAGGCGUUUUGCAGAUGGUGGCUUCGAAAGUGGGACGAACGCUGUGGCUUGGAUGGACGAUUACUAUUCGCAUUUCUUACGAGACUCAUGA